UUUGAGGCUGAAUGACGCUGGGAUAUUGACAGAGCGUUGUCCUGCUUUCACGGGCUGUAUAGCGAUUCUGUGAUUGUGCUUUUGGGGAGUAAUGUGGGGUUGAUAUUAGCGUAGUCCAGAGCUGGAGCCAUGUCUCCCCAGACCGGCGCUGCCUCGGGGGUUCAGGGGCUUCUUCUGAAACUUCACGAAUCACUUUCAGACGAAGACACCAGAGGUGCAGCUCUGAAAUGUCACGAUAUUAUUGGUGAUUUGGGCCAGGAGUGUAUGCUAACUUCCACCGAGAAUGAACUUGACUACGGGCUUCUCGUCUUCCUCAGAAAAUCCCUGGGGAGGGAUGAGCUGCGGGACACUCGCGUGGAGGUCUUGGGAUUUUUGGAGAAGUUUUUGGACAAACUCUCCCCCCGAGUCAAAGGAUGGGAGAAGACCUAUGCCUCCGAUAUAAAGAGCACGUGCAUGGUGGUGUACACAAAGGAAAGGGUCGCAAAAUGCAGGGCUCCUGUGCUGGAGCUACUCAUCAAGGUCCUCCAAACCACGAAAGCCUCCAGCGUCACGGCGGACUUCAGGGUCUGCGAGAUCUUCGACCGGUUUUACAGCGAGCUCGCUCAGAAGUUCAAGCUGCCGGACUCCGUUCUCGGUAAAAUCUAUGAGCUACUGGGAGUUCUGGCCGAGGUCCAUCCCAGCGAGAUGGUCAACAACUCGGACAAGCUUUAUAAGGCCUAUCUCGGAGAGCUGAAGGGGCAGAUGACCUCUUCAACAAAGGAACCCAAACUGUUUGUAGUUGCUGGAUGUUUGAGGGGAAUCAAUGCCCUAAUGGUCAACUUCACCAAAACGAUGGAGGAAGACCAGUCAACAUCUAAGGAGAUUUUUCAGUAUGCCUUUAAGGCCAUCACCCCCCAGAUGGAGAUGACCCGCUAUGCUGUCACUUUUGCUGGACUCAGACUGUUUGCCAGACAUGCGUCCCAGUUCAGCACCUGCCUCAUGGACCACUACCGAGCCCUGUUCGAGACCAUGUGCAAGCUCUGCGGUCACAUCAAUGCUGAGAUGAAGAAGACCAGUUACUACGCGCUUGAGGCCUUUCUGAAGCAGGUUGCCAUGUUGGUGGCUGAGGAUAUUGAGGAGCACAAGACCAAGCUGAAGUUCUUCAUGCAAAAGUUCUGCGGCAUCAUUAAAACCAUGGAGUCCACUCACAAAGAGCUGUCCAUCGCCAUACGGGGAUACGGCUUCUUUGCUGCCCCGUGCAAGAAGGUCUGUCCCCAGGAUGUGGAUUUGAUGUACACAGAGCUGAUACAGCGCUGUAAGCAGAUGUACCUGACGGAGUCUGACGGAGAGGAUGACAGCUUCUACCAGCUGCCCAGCUUCCUGGACUCGAUAGCCAGUGUCCUGAUUCACCUGGACAAGGUUCCAGAAGUGUACACCCCACUACUGGAGCGCCUGCUUGUGGUGCAGAUCGACAGCUUUCCUCAGUACAGCGAGAGGAUGCAGACUGCCUGUUGCAGGUCCAUCCUGAAGGUGCUGGUGGCUGUGGCCUCCAAAGGACCUGUUCUGUGGAGUUUCAUCAGCUCUGUUGUGCAUCAGGGUUUGAUUCGUGUUUGUUCAAAACCCAUCAUCAUUUCUGAGGAAAACGGGAACGAGCCGUCUCACAUUCAGGCCGGAAAAUGGAAAGUUCCAUCCAGUUCCAACUACCUGCCUCUGUUUAAGGGACUUUUAGAUUGCGACCAGUUGAGGGAUUCGGGAUUCCUGGACGGAGCUUUUGAAAGCCAGAACGCCGCCCUCGGGUCUCUGAGUCGACUUCUUUACGACGAGUUGGUGAAAUCUAUUCUCCGCGUUGUGGAAAAGUUGGACCUGUCUGUGCAGAAAAUAACAACAGGGGAGGAGACUCCAGAUGACACAGCCCACAUCCUCCCCUCAUCCGACCCCACCGCUCAUCUUUUGCCCAAUAAGGUCAAAGACUUCACGGCUUUCAUCAACCUGGUGGAGUUUUGCAGUGAGUUGCUGCUGAAAAAACAUGUGGAAUAUUUCCAUACAUGGACGUAUUCCCUGAGCCAUGAGCUUAUCCUCCACUCAAUACGAAACCCACUGGUCAGCGGCUUUUACAAACUGCUCUCUGUCAUCAUGAAAAUCACCAAGCGGAUUAAGUACUAUCAGGGAGUUGGCCUGAGAAGCUCUGCAUCCCCUCAAGGGGACACGGUGAAAAGUACUUGCUUUGCUCUCUUCUCGAAGUUUGGGAAAGAGGUGUGCGUCAGAAUGAAGCAGUACAAAGACGAGCUGCUGGCAUCCUGCCUGACUUUUGUCCUCUCGCUACACCCCAACAUUGUGGCUCUGGACAUUAAAGCCUACUGCCCUGCACUAGAGACGGCUCUGAGGUUGGGUCUGAGCCAUGUUCCUCUGGCUAACGCUGCCCUAGAUGCUCUGGAGGACUGGUCCUCCCACAUUCCGCUGGAGACAAUGCAGCCCUGCUAUUCAAGCAUCCUCCCUCUUCUUGAUGGAUACCUGAAAACCACCUCCACUAACGAAAAAGACGAGAGCAAUUGGGAGGUGAUCUCUUCUCUGUCUUCAAGAAGUGACAGAGGAUACAGCAGAGUAAUGACAAGGCUCCUGAAGAAGAGCAACCAACUUUCUAUGGAGGAUGCUCCCCUGGACAUGGUGAGGCUCAGGGUGGUAAAGCUACUUGGUCGGCUGGGCGGAAAGCUGAACAGAAACCUUGUGUCUGAGGUCUCAUCAGAAGAAAUGAUGAAGAAAUUUGUGGCCUGGGAUCCUGAGAAAAGACUCAGCUUCGCUGUGCCCUUCACGGACAUGAAGCCGGUCAUCUACCUCGACCCCUUCCUGCCGCGCAUCAGCGAACUGGCUCUGUCCACCAGCGACCGGCAAACCAAAGUGGCGGCCUGCGAGCUGCUCCACAGCCUGGUGGUCUACAUGGUGGGGAAAGGCGCUCAGAUGGUGGAAGGGGAGAAUAAAUUGCCACCCAUGUACAAGCUGCACAAAAAACUGUUUCCUGUGUUGCUACGUCUGGCCUGCGACGUUGAUCAGGUCACCAGGCAGCUUUUUGAGCCUCUGGUCAUGCAGCUUAUUCACUGGUUCACAAACAACAAGAAGUUUGAGAGUCAAGAUACAGUCGCUGUUCUCGAGGCCAUCCUGGACGGCGUGGUUGACCCAAAGGACAGCACGCUCCGAGACUUCUGCGGCCGCUGCAUCCAAGAGUUCGUCAAAUGGUCCAUCAAACAAACCACCCCCAAGCAGCAGGAGAAGAGCCCCACCAACAUGAAGUCCCUGUUUAAGCGGAUCUACAGCCUGGCUCUCCAUCCCAACGGCUUCAAAAGACUCGGCGCCGCCUUAGCUUUCAACAGCAUCUACAGACAGUUCAGGGAGGAAAACUCACUCGUGGAGCAGUUUGUCUUUGAAGUUCUGGUCAUAUUUGUUGACAGUCUGGCUCUGGCACACUCUGAUGAGCGAUCUAUGGGAACUGUGCAGCAGUGUUGCAGUGCCAUUGACCAUCUGAAGAGAAUCAUCAAACAGAAGGCCUCCAGUCUCAAUGAGCACAAUGCAAAAAGACGCAUCCCCAGGGGAUUUGGUCCAGAUGAAAAGCUGAGUCUUUCUGACAUGGUCGUGUGGCUUCUGGAGCAGUGUGGCCGGCCUCAGACGGAGUGUCGCCACAAAUGCAUGGAGCUCCUGUACGAAUUUAUUCCUCUGCUCCCAGGCAAGAAGUCCCCUCCUCAGUGGUUGGACGGCAUGCUGCGGGAUCAUGGUACUGAUUUCUUGAUCUCGCGGUUUGAGGGCGGAGGCCUCCUGUCCCAGCCCACUCUCAGGGACCUGACGGGCCCAUUCAGUGUCCGAGCCACCCUGCAGUGGAUGGACCUACUGCUGGCCGUCCUGGACUGCUACAACACCUUCAUAGGCUUGCACAUAAUCAAGCCUCAGCACAUCCUUAGCUGCAAAGACAAAUUCACCUUUCUGAAAUCGACACAUUUCUUCCUGACUGAGCUGGCAGCCCAUAAACUGGCAGCAGCGGAAAGCUGUUUCCCCGGUGGCGAGCGGACCUCUCACUUCAGUCCACGAGAAGUAGACCAGUACAACUACAGCAAGUGCACCAUCAUCGUCCGUCUGCUGGAGUUUGCCUCCAUGAUUCUCGUGAAAGGAGACCCAGACUUUUGGAAGCUUCUAGAAAAGGAGAUCUUUUGCACGGCCUUUUUUGAGCUGACUGCGGCGGUGGUUUGCGAGCCAGCCGCGGUUGGCUUCAACAUGGCUGACGUAGAAGUGAUGAAGAACCUUCCAGAGGUGUGUGUUCCCCUACUGAAGGCUCUGCUGGACUCCCCAUAUGGCAGCCAUAUUGAAAGCAGCUUACGGGCAAAACUUUCUCGUAAAAGCGUGGAAGAUUUAUGUGCUUUAGACCUAUAUGAUUCCAACGCUCUCAGCCGCCACGACCAAGUGGAGAUGGUGCUCUCUUCCUGUAAACAGAUUCACAAAGCUGGUUUUCUCAGCUCCAUCCUGCACAAUCAGGAUUCAGGUUAUGCCAGCUCUAUAGGGCACCGACUUUUAAUGACGGUGUAUAAAGGCAUAGCGCCGGGAGAAGAAAGGAAGGCACUCCCAUCCUUGGACAUAAACACCAGAAGAGUGGCAGAUGACCUGAUUCAGCUUUCUUUUUCACUGAACCAGCAGAGUGAACAUUUGGUGGAUUUGCUGUUGAACACAAUCAUGCUUUCGGUCCCGAUAUCCGGGGGCCACAGCCACAACUUCCUGAGCUUCUCGCACGGCGAGUACUUCUACAGCCUCUUCCAGUCCACAAUCAACACCGAGCUGCUGAGAAGUCUGGAGGGCACCGUGCCACGCCUCAUGCAGGCCUCCUCUCAAAACCCCAGCAUGGUGAGCAUCCUGCUGAACGGCAUGCUGGACCACAGCUUUAGAGAGCGCUCUGUGAGGAAGACUCAGGGGGAGCAGCUGGUUCAGGAAGUGCUGAAGAGGUGGAAUAGUCUGCAGUCAUGGUGGGACGGAGAGUCGUCAACUCCAGAGAGCAAAACGGCCACUCUUCUUCUGCUCUCCAAGCUCUUGCAGAUUGAUUCUUCAGUCUGCUCAGACAUCAACCAUGAGGCAUUCAGGCCUGUUUUUUCCACUUUCACAAGGCUGCUUGUUGACAUGAAUCUGCCUCUGAAUCUCAAGAGUCAGGCCCUGUUGGUGUUGCCUUUCUUUACAACUCUCCCCGAGGAGCCGCUCACAGAUCUGCAGAGAGCCCUGGAUGCCCUGGUGGCCUCCCACUUCCCCAUGCAGUCCGACGAGUUCGCUAAGGGCUCCCUUCAACGCAACAAUUACAUGGACUGCCUCCGCAAGCUUCUGGACGCCCUGGAGCUGUCCCACAGCCCGCUCCUGCUCCGACUGCUGGCAGGGGUCCUGUGUCGGGACGCGAAGCACAUCAUGGAGGAGCAGUUCCAAACGUGUUUCCAAAGAAUUGCGAGGCGGUCAAAGACGGAGCGGCAGCUGCAGCUGCUGUGCACCGUGCACGAGGUGGUCCAGCAGGGAGACCUGCCGGUGAGCUCCAUGCUGCAGGCCAUGACGGAGAGGGUUCUGCUGCCUCUGGCCUCCCACUGCAGCACCAAGGCCCUGAGUGACUUCUUUGUAGGAAACAUCUUUGAUAUGAUCGCUUUCCUUCUCAGCCGGUUUACUAAGUCGAGUGAAUCCGCAUUUGAGGUCCAGCUGCUGAAGAAGAUUGGCUGCUUCAAGCUGAUGGAGCUGCUGUACUCACGGCUUCCAAAAGAGGAGGUUUACUCCAAGGAGUCCCCCAUCAACCGGGCGUACUGCCGCUCGGACAGAACGGAGGGAAACGAGCUGUCCAAGACCCUCAUCAAGUCGUGUUUUGAGGCCUUCACUGAGAACAUGGCCGGCGAGACUCAGCUGCUGGCGCUCCGGAGGCACUACCACUGCGCCGCGUACAACUGCGCCAUCGCCGUCAUCAGCUGCAGCUUCAGCGAGCCUAAAUUCUACCACGGCUUCCUGUUCAGCGAGAAGCCAGAGAAGAAUCAGUUCAUUCUGGAAAACCUCAUUGAUUUAGAAAGGACCUACAGCUUUCCAGUCGAGGUUGAGGUUGCACUUGAAAGAAAGAAAAAAUACAUCAUGAUUCGAAAAGAAGUCAGCGAGGAGAACGGAGAAGCGCCGGUGUACCUGUCCUCCCAGUCCUACAUGGCUGACAGCAGCCUGAGUGAGGAGAUGAGCCAGUUUGACUUCUCUACAGGAGUCCAAAGCUUCUCCUUGAGCUCCCAGAACCCAGCGGGACAAAAACGGACAGUGGCAAAAAAGGAGACAGAGGAGGCAAAUCCCUCCCAGGAGGCAAUGGUGGAUCUAGAGAUGGAUGAGUUGAACCAGCAUGAAUGCAUGGCUGCCAUGGCCGCUCUGAUCGGACACAUGCAAAGGAACAACAUAACCCCCAAAGUUGAAAAGGGAAACGUGCCCAGUGAGCUUCCUCCUUGGAUGAAGUUUCUACACGGAAAGCUGUCAAAUUCCACAACGCCCCUUAACAUCCGACUCUUCAUCUCCAAGCUGAUCAUCAACACAGAGGAGGUUUUCCGGCCAUAUGCCAAACACUGGCUGGGGCCGCUCCUGCAGUUGGUCGUGUCUGGAAACAACGGCGGGGUGGGAAUCCAUUUCAUGGUGGUGGAUAUCGUGGUGACUGUGCUCUCUUGGACAAGCUUGGCCACGCCCAAGGAUAACCCCAGAGAUGAAGUCCUCGCCAACCGGCUGUUGGAGUUCCUGAUGAAGCACAGCUUUCACUCCAAACGGGCCGUUUUCCGCCACAACCUGGAGAUCAUUCGCACUCUGGUGGAGUGCUGGAAAGACUGUCUGCACGUGCCUUACAGUCUGAUAUAUGACCGGUUUUGUGGCACCGACCCGAACAGCAAAGACAACUCUGUCGGACUCCAGCUGCUGGGAAUCAUCCUCGCCAACAACCUCCCUGCUUACAAUCCUUCCUGUGGCAUUGAAUACGAAAGGUAUAUCCAGUCCCUCACCUGCAACAUGUCAUUCGUGAGGUAUAAAGAAGUUUACUCAGCCGCUGCUGAAAUUGUCGGCCUCGUUCUGAAGAGCAUGACAGAAACCGGCAGUCAUCAUCAGGAUCUUCUCAGUUUGGCUGCAACACAAGUAUCAAACUUGAAGAAAAAAGAUCUGGACGACAAGUUCAUCAUUUGCUUGAAUAAAGUGUCCAAGCACUUUCCUCCCUUUAUGGAUCGUUUUGUCAACCUCGUGUUCUUCCUCCUUCCGAAGCUGCACGGUAUCCUAAAGACUCUUUGUUUGGAGUGUGUGCUGAGCCGGGCCGAUGUUAUUCCCGACAUCUUUCUCCAGCUGAAGAACUCAGGCUUCGUUCAGAUGAUGAGACACAGGGAUGAGGCCAGACAGAGAGUAUGUCUGGAUAUAAUCCACAAGAUUCUGGCCCGCCUCACCCCGGUGGAGCUUCAGGAGCUGCUGGGAGCUGUGACGGCCUUCGUGUCCCAGCCCUCACCUGUCUGCAGGGAGAGGAUGUACGACAUCCUCAUGUGGAUUCAGGACAACUACAGUGAUGAUGAAAGCAUGAGCGACAGCACCUCAGUAGAGCUCCUGAACGCGGCUAAAGAAACGCUGCUCCAGGGCUUGUCGGACGAAAACCAGGGCCUUCAGCUGUAUGUCCGUAACUUCUGGAGCCAGGAGCGGCGCCUCCCCACCGCCACGCUGGAGCGAAUGCUGACGGUGCUGCGCUCGCUCUACUCCUGCCAGAUAGAGAGGUGUUAUCUAAGCCUGGCCACCAACCUGAUGCUGGAAAUGACCAGCCAGAGCCCGGACUUCAAAAGAAACAUGUUUGAGUUUCCUCUCUCGGAGUGCACCUUCCAGGACUACGUGAUUGACUCCAACUGGCGCCUUCGGAGCACCGUGAUGACACCUAUGUUUGUGGACACCCAGAGCUCUCAGGCCCCAGAGAGCGUGGCAGCCUCCCAGUCUGUAGCCAUGAAGGGGAAGCUUCGAGCCACUCAAACGUCGCUGGAGUUCUCUCAAACCCAAGCGCCCGGCCGGCGCACCGCCUAUAACUGGCUGACGGGCAGCAGCGUGGACACGCUAGCAGAGUACUCCCUUGGCUCCGAGUCCCUGUCUUCUCUGUUGGUGUUUGACAAGAAGGCCGAGAGGCCGACGUCUGCGAGGAGGCCGGUGGGAGAAGGCUUCGGCCUGAGGCGCCUGACCGCCUCAACGGACGAGGUGGACAGUCGCACAAGAGCUGAGAAUGAGCGGCGCAGUAACAUCCUGAGGUUGAGGAGGAGAUUCCUCAAGGAUCAGGAGAAAAGGCUGCGGAGGGAAGCUCAGGUGACUCUGUAUCGUAGCUACAGAGUGGGGGACUUUCCCGAUAUUCAGAUCCCCUUUAGCAACCUCAUCACUCCCCUUCAAGCCCUGGCGCAGAGAGAUCCCAUUUUAGCCAAACAGCUGUUCAGCUCCCUGUUUUCCGGAAUCCUCCGAGAAAUGAAAGAGCAAAGCAGUGCAGAGAAGAGUCAGAGGAUUAAAGAGGAGCUGCGGUGCAACAUGAACACCUUCCUGAGCAAGAGCACGCUCUGCUUCCCGCCUUUCAUUUCCUGCGUGCAGGACAUGUGUUAUCAGAACGAGGAUCUGCGGCAGCUGGAUCCAGCAGCCGUCAGCUCCACGUGCCUGGUUAGCCUCCAGCAGCCGUCGGGGAUCCUGCUGCUGGAGGAGGAUUUGCUGCAUGCCAGUGGGCCGGAUGAGCGCCCUGCCAAACGGGCACGAGGACACAAAGAAAUCCCCCCGGACACAAAUAAAUGGAUCCACCUCGCAAGGCUUUACAGAUCUUUGGAGGACUAUGAUGUCAUGCGAGGCAUCUUUGGUGGAAAAGUUGGCACCAAGUCGAUCACUUGCACAGCGCUCCAAGCUGAAGCCAACACUGACUACUCAGAAGCUGUGAAGCUUUACAACGAGGCCCUGAACACUGAGAACUGGGAGGACGGCGAACCCACCGACUCUGAGAAGGACUUCUGGGAAAUUGCUGCUAUGGAGGCCUACAAUCAGCUAGCUGAGUGGAAGUUUCUUCAGUACUGUUCUACUGUGUACAUAGAUAAAAACUCUCCCCCAGACCUGGAAAGGAUAUGGUCAGAGCCUUUCUACCAGGUUAUGUACCUGCAACACAUGAUCCGCAGCAUGUUGAAGCAGCUGCAGCUGGGCGAAACAGACCAAACUCUCCUGAGCUUCAUUGAUAAAGCCAUGAGGGUGGAGGAGCGCAAAAAGCUGCUGGAGAGCCAGUACAGCCAGGAGCUGAGCCUGCUCUACAUCCUGCAGGAGGACUACGACCGUGCCAGAUACUACACUAACAACGCCAUGCAGCUCUUCAUGGAGAGCUACUGCAGCGUGGACACCCUGCUGACCCAGAGUCGACUGACCAUCCUGCAGUCGGUGCAGGCCUUGACUGAGAUCCAGGACUUCCUGCUGUUCGUUAAAGGAGACGUGUCUGUGAGCUCCCUGAAGCGCCUUAUUCGAUUAUGGACUGACAGAUAUCCUGAUGCUAAGGUGGAUCCGGUCAACGUGUGGGACGACAUCAUUACGUCUCGGUGUUUCUUUUUAGAUAAAAUCCGGGAAAAGCUGAGAGACCCAUCUCCCAGCGACAGCAUGGAGGUGGAGGAUUCCCAGGAGCCAGCGGCUGAUGUCGACACCUUAGUGAACGACUGCAAGUUCAACAUGAAGCUUCGCAUGGCUGACAGUGCGUGGAAACAGAAAAACUUUCCGGUUUCCACCAAGCUGCUGAAAGAGCUUCACCGAGAAGCGAAAGCAGACAGAGGCCGGCUGCUGCGCUGGGUCCACUGUUUUAGCCGCUACAGUCACAAGCGCAGCCACACGCAGGGCCCCCUUGAGCAGAUCAGCACCAUGCUGAAGGUUAUCCCCCUCCUGGGUAAGACGGAGAAUCAAAUCCUCAGUUUAGGGCUCGGAACGAUGAGUCGCAUCACCUCCCGUUUCUCCGCAGAGGACCUUCAGGCCGACUGUCGCAACGCCUCGAGCAAGGUUUUCCGACACCAGAAGAUCCUCCAGGGCACGUCGUUCCACAUCCUGGCUGCAGCGGUCGGCAAAAGCCCGUCGGUUCUGGCAACUAUUGAGCCCGAGAAAAAAGAAAAAGUCGUAACGCUCUCAGGAGUUGUUCAACCAAAUACAGAUUCAAAGGAGGUGGAAAUUGGGUUGCAGUCGAAGGCACUGAAGUUGUUCCACGAAGGGACCAAAAAGGCUGAGGAGGAGCUCCAGUCUUAUUCUCAGGACUUUGUGGACUCCAGCGGGGUCAUAGAGACCUACAUGGCUCUGGCUAACUUCUGUGAUGAGCUGCUGCGUGAGGAGGAGCAGAAUGACACCAAAAGCCAGCUUCCAGACAGUCUAGCACUGCCUGUCCAUGUAGUGAGCAGCAUGUUGAAAGCACUGAAGAUGAACUCAGAGGAGGCUCGUCUUAAGUUCCCACGCCUGCUGCAGAUCAUUGAGCUGUAUCCAUCCGAGACCCUGAGCCUCAUGACCGCAGAGAUCACGUCGGUUCCGUGCUGGAUGCUGAUUGGCUGGAUCAGCCAAAUGGUGGCUUUACUGGACAAGCCAGAAGCCGUGGCGGUGCAGCACUGCAUUGAUCAAAUAGCAACGUGCUACCCUCAGGCACUAGUUUACGCGCUCAUGAUCAGCAGAGAGAGCUACCAGUUUGAGAACUCGGCUACGGGACACCAGCACCAGGAGUUUGUCCAAAGGCUCAUGAGCAGGUUGGACAAUAAAGGCUCUGUGAAGAACUUCGUUGAUGCUCUUCAGCAGCUUACAAAUCCUGACAUGAUUUUUAAGGAUUGGUGGGAUGGUGUAAAGAACGAAUUGGAAAAGCCCAAAUUUGACAAGAAGAGGAUGAAUGAGGUGUACGCCGAGCUGCACUCUUCCCUCGGAGACCGUUCCGCCGAGGGUCAUGGAGGGUUUCGGAAGAAAUUCAUCCAGAAAUUCUCCAAAGACGUCGAAAAACUGCUGGGGCCCAACGGCAGUCACCUGUUUGAGAAGAGGAGAGACAAGAGCUUCCUGCAGCAGGUGGAAAAGCUGGCGGCCGCCAUGCGUGGCUUCCAGAAAGAGCCGGGGAACCUGAAGGAAUACUCGCCCUGGUUGAGCGGGUUCAAAGCAGACCCAUCCAAACCACUACCGGAGUAUCACGCCAAGAUAACUGGCUUUGAUGAACGGGUAAAAGUGAUGUCCUCCAUCCGACGUCCGAAGCGUCUGGUCAUUCGCGGGGACGACGAGCGGGACCACCCCUUCCUGGUGAAAGGGGGGGAGGACCUCCGGCAGGACCAGCGCAUCGAGCAGCUCUUCUCCGUCAUGAACAUCCUGCUGAGCCACGACACGGCGUGCACGCGCCGAGGCCUUCAGCUCCGCACCUAUCAAGUUAUUCCCAUAACCACCAGAAUUGGUCUGAUUGAAUGGAUGGAAAACACCUGCACUCUAAAAGAGUUUCUGUACAACACAAUGACCGAGGGGGAGCAGCAAAGGGCAGCAAGGAGAGCCUUCCUGAAGAUGUGCAACAGCCCCGAGGCCUUCCUGUCGCUGCGCUCCCACUUCAUCAGCUCGCACGCCCUGCUGUGCGUCAGCCACUGGAUCCUGGGGAUCGGAGACCGCCACCUCUCCAACUUCAUGAUCAACAUGGAGACCGGAGGAAUGAUCGGCAUCGACUUCGGCCACGCCUUCGGAUCGGCCACUCAGUUCCUCCCCGUCCCCGAGCUGAUGCCCUUCCGGCUGAGCCAGCAGUUUGUCAAUCUGAUGCAGCCCCUGAAGGAGGCGGGGCUGGUCCAGAGCACCAUGGUCCACUCGCUGCGGGCCUACCGGGCCGAGCCGGACCUCCUGCUCAACACCAUGGACGUGUUCGUCAAGGAGCCCUCUCUGGACUGGAAGAACUUUGAGAUGAAGCAGCUGAAGAAAGGAGGCACGUGGACGCAGAGCGUGGACACCAAAGAGAUCAACUGGUACCCUCUGCAGAAGGUCAGCUUCGCCCGGAGGAAGCUAGAGGGAGCUAAUCCAGCGGCCAUAACCAGCGAGGAGCUGAAACUGGGCUUUGAGAAGGACGGCGCCUUCCCGGGGAUGCAGCUGGUCGCCGCGGGUGACGAGGAGCUGAACGUCCGCGCCAGGCUGCCCGCGGCCGGCCUGACAGUGGAGAGGCAGGUGGACUGUCUGCUGGACCAGGCCACGGACCCCAACGUGCUGGGCAGAGUGUGGGAGGGCUGGGAGCCUUGGUUCUGAUUCCCUUUAGGUUUGAGAUGUUUCUGAGACAAACGGUGGGGGAAACAAAUGAUGGCUUCGGAAUGUUGAGAAAUGUGGCUUUUCAUCGUUAAAAACUUAAAGUUGUUGUCUUUUUUUUACUUUUCUUGUGUAGUGGAAUAACUGCAUCAAAAAUAAUGUGAUUUGGAAGUUUAUAUCGAAUAAAAGUUUACAAACUUGAGUUGGA